CGGGUCCUCCUGCCUGCGUUUAGACGGCUGCAGAGAGACCACCACACCACUCACUCACGUCCCCUCCUGUCGGCUAAAAGGAGAGAGAGAGAGAGAGAGAGAGAGAGAGAGAGAGAGAGAGAGAGAGAGAGCGAGAGAGUGUGUGUGUAAGAGACAGACAGAGAGAGAGAGAGAGAGAGAGAGAGAGAGAGAGCUGUGACAAGACUCUGGACUGAGAGCGGGGACUGAACCGAGACUAUAGGAAACGAAGCAAAGACGCUGACCCCCUCCCUCGCCAUCUCCCUCUCUAUCUCUCAGCGCGCCCCCUCCAACCUCCCGAAGGACGACCACCCAUUGAGAAGCGACUUGACCGGCGUCGCCAGUAAGCGAUGCACCUUGAGGACUAGAAGAAAUCUCCGACGUUGAACGUUUAACAACCAUUAGCCUAUACUGUUUAUAUGCUUUUUUUCUUAUCGCUUCUAUCGCCAUCAAAUUACGGGUCUUUUUUAAUGGGUGUAGAAGACUAAGUUUCAUAACGGGUUUCUCAAUGCGUACAAAGGAUACACCUUAUUCGCUGGAAACUAACACUAAUUAUUUUGGCUGUAUUUUUUCUACAGAAUAAAUCGUGGAACGGAUUCUUUUUUUUCUUCUAUUUUCCCCCGUUUGUCUUCUGCUUCUUAGCAUUUUCCGUCUUGUGUCUGAGUAUAUCGACGAUGGUGUGGCAGUCAAAUGCUGAACUCUGCACUUGAAUUGCCCGUGUCUACGCGUUUUCCACGGCGUCAAGAGAUAUUAAGACUGCCUUUUAAAACAGCAAAAAGGAUUUUCCCCCAAACUGAAGUUCAAUCCGAGACAAGAGACGAGGUGAAAGACGUCUCAUUUCGACCUCAUCUAUAAAAGACGGGAUUUCCCCAAAGGUGGGCGGAGUCGGCCAUGCUGUCUCUGGACGAACCGCUGGACCUGAAAGUCCCGAAGGGGCGGGACCGGGCGCGGAGAACAGCGCCCUCUAUCUGCGCCCCUCUGAACGCCUCUCGCACCCGACAGCCUCGAACGACCAACGCCCCGUCCCACCUGGCUUCCCCCCACGCAGGUGUGUCUCCCCCUCCCCAGGACAGGCCCGAGUCCCUGAGCCUGUCGCCCUCCUCCCGCCACGCCCCGUCCCCCUCGGAGCUGUCCGACGGCAGCGGGAGCUCCUCCGUCCUGUCCCGGGCCAUCCAGUUCUUCCUUCCAAUCGGGGCAGGGGGCGGGUUCCACCUGCCGUCCUCCGUGUUCAUUGGCCAGCACAAGGUGGAGCAGGCCUCUGCAGAGAUUUCAGUGGACGAGCAGCUCUCCUGUCGCUGGAUGAAGUGCCGCCAGCUCUUCCACUCUCUACAGGACCUGGUGGACCACGUCAACGACUUCCACGUCAAGCCUGAAAAGGCUUCUGGGUACUGCUGCCACUGGGAGGGGUGUGCUCGCAACGGGAGGGGCUUCAAUGCCAGGUAUAAGAUGCUGAUCCACAUCCGCACUCACACCAAUGAGAAACCCCACCGCUGCCCCACCUGCAGCAAGAGCUUCUCCCGCCUGGAGAACCUGAAGAUACACACUCGCUCACACACAGGAGAGAAGCCGUACGUCUGCCCGUACGAGGGCUGCAGCAAGCGCUACUCCAACUCCAGCGACCGCUUCAAGCACACGCGCACGCACUACGUGGACAAGCCGUACCGCUGCAAGAUGGCGGGCUGCCUGAAGCGCUACACGGACCCCAGCUCGCUGCGCAAGCACAUCAAGGCCCACGGGCACUCUGUGGCCCCCCAGGGGCCCCGGGACGCCGUGGGCGCGUGGCUGAGGGCCGGGGGCCUGACCAGGCUGGGGGCCGAGCUCCCUUACGUCAGCAGGGGCCGCAUCGCGCUGUUCGGGGGCCGCCACGCCCUGCCCCUCUCGGCCCUGGGCCCCCUGGACCUGAGCUCCAGGGCCCCGUUCCUGGCCUUGGGCGGGGCCGGCCCCCUGGGCCUGGCCGAUCCCUCGCUCCUGUCCCCGGCGUUCGCCGCGGGCCGCCGGGGGCUCGGGGGGGCGGUGCUGAACCUGUCGGCGGGGGCGGGCCACGGGACCCUGUCCUGGGUGGUCCUACCCCCCGCCCCGGUGCUGCUGAAGCCGGCCGUGGCAACCUGAAGCCUGGGGAGGGGCCAGAGGGGUGAGAACAAACCAUAUCCAUGUCCCCUGGAGUAGAACACAUCCUAGUCCUGCCAUUCUCAGCUCCAGUGGUCCGUGUCUCUCUCUCGCUCUCUCCCGCGCGUGGGCUGGAAGAUAUACCGCAACACUAGCCUCUGCAGCUUCCGUCUGAUUGGUUAAAGCGCGUCACAUGAUCACAUCGAAGCUGCAGGACCUUGCUGCCUGUCUCAUGAUGGUGGUGACGGUUUUUUCCAUGGAAGCAUUUCGGGCAGCCUCUGACAUUUGGAUGUUUAGUACUACUUCAGGUACACUUAAAUAAAAUAAAAAUAUAUAAAUAUAAAUAUAUAUGAAAAUAAAUAAAGAUAUAUAUAAAAAUAAAUAAAUAAAGACACCACCGAUACGCAAUAGUGGUGAUGCACAUUCAAUAAUUAUCGUUGCAGUAUAUCGCCCAGGCCUAUCUUUCGCCAUCUCUUUCACUUUUCCUCUCUCUGUCAUCCCCCCUUCUCUGCAUCUCUCUCGCUUAGCAGACAGCAUAACAGGUGGCUCUGUCGUUCACACUUCUGACUCCGCCUCACACCACAUCCUACGGGUGAAGUUCAAGAGAUCAGGCCGACAUGGUGCAGCUUGACUUCUUACAUUCCACUUUGUUGUUUUUGCCGCAUUAUUACCUCUGAACCCGGAGCUGUGCGCUGAUACAACCCAGCGUCCGGCUCUUAGACAGUCACAGACACAGACACAGACACAGACAUCGCUCUGACCACAGAGACUGACCCCAGACUUAACGCGUGUGCAGGACAACCAUCUAACCUCGUUACAGCCAACACAAGUUGCGGAACACAGUGUGCUCUCAAUUAUAAUGAAAAACUUUCCGCUCUUAGAAAAAACGGACCCUGUGGUUCCACCGAAGAACCUUAUCUAGGUCAAGGGUUCUUUGCCCUGUGGUUCCACCGAAGAACCUUAUCUAGUUCAAGGGUUCUUUGCCCUGUGGUUCCACCGAAGAACCUUAUCUAGUUCAAGGGUUCUUUGCCCUGUGGUUCCACCGAAGAACAUUAUCUAGUUCAAGGGUUCUUUGCCCUGUGGUUCCACCAAAGAACCUUAUCUAGUUCAAGGGUUCUUUGUUUUGUUAGUCCGGGAGGUUUCACACCAUUAGAGUCCAUAAAGAACUAAAAAGGGUUCCUCUGUGGAGACAAGACAAAGAACCUUUUUUUGAGAGUGUAUGUCAAGUGUCUGCACUAAGUAUAAAUAUUAUUAUUGUAAAAAAAGUAUUAUUUUGAUUUCAGUUUACAUCCAACCAGACAACCUUAUUACAGAUAACUUAUUACAGAUAACCAUGUGAAGUAUAACUAAAGUAUAUACGAAGUCUGCUUAGUAUAUCAUUUUUUCACAUGGCCAGACAUGGCUGACAUGGCCUUCAAAAAAAACUUAAACUUUAAGACAAUGCUGGUCAGUAUUUCAAAUUAAUUCACAAAUAAUAUCAGACAGUAUAAGUUCAUUGUUAGAACAUCAACUCCCAAUUUCGGCUGGUCACUUUUCAACUGGCACAUAUGUUCAUUUUGUGACAUUUUGUGACAAACGAUCAAACGAUCCUAGUGAUGCCUCCGUCUCAGGAGACUGUUAAACCCCGGCUCCCCCUGGUGGUUAUUCCACGCAUUGCAGACUGCGUUUGACUUUCCAACUUCUCAGUUUUGCACGGUGCACUGGAACCUACACAAUACACUUGUUCAUUUCAACAAGGGUCUCUGCAACUGCAAGGCUGAUAUGGUUUUUUUCCCCUCCAUUUAUGACAACUGCCAAAUUAUUCAGAAAUCUUUUUCUUUUUUUAAUGCAAAUGUAAAAUAUAAAAUGUACACUGUAGAUGACAGAACUUGUUUUCUAUACCUCACAUCCCAGACCAACAGACCAGCAGUUGUGGCAGUUCUGAGACCACAAUUGCUGUUUAGUUUCAGCUCUUUUUAAUAUCAGCGCUAUGCUAUAUGUCGAAAAACAGCACAAUUCUUCAAUGCAAAAGAUGUCAGCUGAUGAUGGACAACAUACGCUGUCUGUUUUGAGGUUUGAUGGCUGCGAAGCUUGAACCAAGUUCAAUUUCUCACCAAAUCAAACCCCCAGUGAUACUGCUUUUGAAGUUCUAGUGGGAAUUCUCAGCCACAUUAGAAUAAAAUCACUCCACACGUGACACUUCACAGAAGUAAAUGCUUUGGGGGGUUAAAUGCUGGCUGCAAACCUAACCUGUUGGCUAACAGCUCAAGCUAGGUGUUGAUACAACUGGUAGCUGGUUGACCAGUUCAGACCAGCUCCAUACUCAACAUGGUUUGACCAGCCUAAGGUUUGUUUUGAACCAGUUGGUUGCUGGUAAACUUAAGCUGGUCAUAGCUGGAUGUUUUGAAACAGUUGGUUGCUGGUAAACUGAAGCUGGUCAUGGCUGGAUUCCACACCAGGGCAGAGUAAACUACACAGCCUCUGGAGCUGUCUUGUGUGAACUCUGUUCUUCCCAAGGUCUCUCACCAUCAUUUGCACAAUUUAUUAGACCGACUGGUUCAUUCAGCGAUUACCCUUUUUUUUUUUUGCUCAGCUGAGCUCUGACUUGCUUAAAAUGCACUCAAGUUUGCCAAGUCAAUACUUCUUAUUUAUCUCAGUUGUUGUGUGGAGUUUAUAAAAAAAAAAGAAGAAAAAAACUUUGACAUGCACUUUCUCUGUAAGUGACAACAGACUACCGUUUGGCCAAGCUUUGACAUGGUUUGACGACAGCAUUACUCUUUAGCUCAGGCAGGUCAGUGGCCGCCUUCCUCUUUCAGUCUGGGAAGGGACCUCGACUGCCUGUGGCGCAGACAUGAUGUCAUGGAACACUGACGCAGAAAGAUGAUGUGUCCGAGCGGAGCCUCGCUGUGGGACUUUGAGGACAGGAAGACAGGGUGGAAGAGGAGGUGGGACUGGAGAGAGAGGAGAGUUUUUCCACGCAAGGAACAUUCCCUAAAGAGACAAAAAAAACUAAAAACACAAAGACAACUCUCUCUCCACUGCCUUCACUUCUAUAAUCGCCAUUAUGCUUGUUAUUAAUUUGUGCUUUUUUUUUUUUUCUUUUUUUUUUUUAAGAUGGUAAUGGUUAUUGCUUUGGACGAGACAUUUUCCUGAUGUUGACGUUGCCUCCUUCCCCAUGUGUCCACUGCUGCUGCUCUGAGUUCCGCUUCCUCCCAGAGAGGGUGGACCUGCGGCCUUCCGGCCUCCUCCUUACUGCUGGUACCAGGCUGACGUAAACGAGCACAGAGAUCUCUGUUGCAGUGUGCAGUUCUGUACCCGGCUGAGGUAAACGAUCACAGAGCACAGAGAUCUCUGUUCCAGUAUGUGGUUCUGUAUCAGGGUGGGUUAAACAAGCACAGAUAUCUCUGUUCUAUUGCAGGUUUCUGUAUCAGGCUGAGGUAAAUUAACAAAAAGGACAGAGAUCUCUGUUCCAGUGUGUGGUCCUGUACCAGACUGGGUUAAACGAGCACAGGGCACAGAGAUCUCUGUUUCAGUGUGUGGUUCUGUACCAGGCUGGGUUAAACGAGCACAGGGCACAGAGAUCUGUUUCAAUGUGUGGUUCUGUACCAGGCUGGGUUAAACGAACACAGAGCACAGAGAUCACUGUUCCACUGUGUGGUUCUGUACCAGGCUGGGUUAAACGAACACAGAGCACAGAGAUCACUGUUCCAGUGAUUGGUUCUGUACCAGGCUGGGUUAAACGAACACAGAGAUCUGGGUCUCUGAGUCGUUAGGUCACAGGUCCCUGCAGAAUUACCCCCCUCCCCCCCUCCUCUGGAACUGGAAGCCAAUGACAUGGAUUCUCACAGGGAUCCACAUCUUUUCAUUUUUUACAUUUUAUUUUAUUGUCUUUUAUUAUUUCAAUAGAAUAUUUGCAACAUUAGCUCUUUGGGCACUCCUUGUAAAAAAAAAAAAGCGCACUUUUGUAGAUGAAAAAAACAACAAAAACCUAAUGAUGUUUCUCAGCAGAAUCGCGUGCUGCUGACCUGCUACGACUCUAUGAUGAUUACUGUACUGUGAGUCUGGACGUCUCUCCCUCGGAGGACCAGAAUCCACACAGCUUUCCGUUUACAGCCGGCGCGUGUUCACAGUGAGCAGGAGAGCGGUGGAGUGUGUGAAACGUACACUGUCGGAGCUGACAGGUCUACCGUGAACAGAACCGAACAGAACCGAAGGACCGGAAUUACACACGGGCCGGGCACGGGUCCUAUUCCUAAAGGAAAAGAGAAGCACUCGACUCCGUUGAAAUGUUUUGAGUUUGAGUAUAAAUUGAUGUUGGAGAGGGACAGUGGGGAAGGACAGAGGGGGACAGUGGUAUUGUUAGUUAGACUCCAGUGUCGUUCAGAAAGUUCACUGGCCUGACACGGGGUUAAUGCCAGACCAAGGGCCUGAAAGGCCUGCAAGCAUUUGUCCUUCACAUUUUCUUUGCACAUUGAGAUGUUUUAAUGUCAGUAUUGUCAACAGUUCUAAGUGCCUUCUAUAAUAGGGUAAAUGUAGAUGAUACAGUAUAUAAAUAAAUAUGAAUAUAUAUAUAUAAAUACAUAUAUGUAUAUUUUCCUGCUCCGUGUUCUCACAUGAACAUGCAGAAUUUUAGAGUUGUAAAGAUGUCUUUAUUGGUACAACACAGACGAGUGCUCCUGUUUUAAAGGACAUUUAUGAUGAGGACGACGGUUAUGUUAUUGGAAAGAAGAGACAGAAUUGAAUAAAAGUUGCAUUUCAUAUGA